GGUGGCAACCUCGGCUUUCUCAGCGCAGGAGCCUCUCUUCUUCCUUAGCGCUGUGCCAGCCAGCAGGCCUCAUCACUCCCCUAACAACACCUGGCCCAGAGCAGGUACCAUCAGGUUAGUUGCUCCUUCGCGGAUGCCGGGGGCGUGGUAAGAAUUCUGGGCCCCGGGCCAUUCAAGGUCAGGGGCGCUAGCUUCAAUCCUGAGCUGCUCCUACUGCAGGCCCGCGCCUGGCCUGGGACCCCGCCAUUCCCUUGCAAGGCUUGAACACACACACACUCCUAUCUGGGAUGUGAGCUCCGGAAAGAUCCCUUUGCCAGUGGGAGAGCCAGAGAGCCAGGCCGAGAUAGGAGGGAUAAGGGUGGACAAGGGCUGGUAUCCUGGCCUUGUCACUUAACCCUUCCCUCUGAAAAGGCUCCCUCUGCUCCCAGGAGCCACCUCUUUUUUCUUCCUUCUUCCUUUGCUCCUUCUUCUUUUAUCCUUUUAUUUUCUUUGCUCCUUUCCCCCUCUUCCCUUCUCUUUAUUUUUCUUUCAUCUUCUGUUUCUUUAUCUGAUUCUCAGUCUUGCUGCCUACUCUCCUUUUAAAAUCCUGGAGAAGAAAAGGGCUGGUUUGAGAGAAAGCCAGAGGUCUUAUUUUUCUCUGGGCGCUUAAGUAAAGGUCGGAGUCUGAAGAGGAAGGGUUUGCGUGGGACCGCUGUCCAGGACGUGGGUUUGGCCUGAUGUGCCUCUGUGCAGACAAGGCCUCGGUUAUGAUCACGACCGGCUGGCGGCGGCCUUGCGUUCCUUCUCCCUGUCGCUAACUGGCUGUCUGGGAGACCGGAUUAGGGGGCACCCGCGGUGUCUUUGUGUGCCCACAUCCAGGGCAAGGAGGCGUUCACCACCCUCACCCGGAACACGGGCUGAGGCCCAGCCAGACGUAGUGGAGCCAGACCACAAGGCUCCAUCGGCUCCAUCGGGAAGUUCCUUGCUGGCUCUGCCGGGCCUGCAGGUCCCAUCUCACUCAGGCUUUGACUGUGAUGGGGGAGCUCGUUAGGGCAGAGCUUGACUGUUUGCUUGCCAGGGGCAGGCACCAGGUUCAGAAUAUAUUCGAUCUGGCCGCUUUGUACAACUGGGUGCUGGGCUCUUUCCAGCACCAGUAGGUUCAAAUAGGUGAAAGGAAUCCUAAAUUCUAGAGUCAUCGAGAUACAAACUUAAAUCCUUGUCUUAAGCUAGGGGCUAUGGAUGAAAACCAGCUUUGACCAUUCUCCCCACCGAAAACUGAAAAUAAUCCAUUCCCCUUUCCUCCAAAACACUCACAUAGCCUUCAGACUCAAUGCCCACAGAGCUGUACUUCCCUUCCCAGCUCAGCUGAGGCCCAGGGAUUGUUUUCAUUGCUCCGCUGGCCAACCUGUUAUCUGAAAGACCGGCACACCCGGUUCCCUUCAACUUCUCUCUGGUAUUUUCCGGACCAGUGUAUUGGAUUUAUUUCAGAGGUUUAUUUCAAGGUUUUUGGAAAAUUCUCAGCCAGGAAGGGGCAGUUUGUAAUCACACCCAUUUAUUGUUUCUUUAUGGACAUGCAAUCCUUUAAUAAAAGCAGAAGCAAAAGUAUGAAUUUUCUGUUUCCAAGCCUCUGGGCUCAAGAGGGCCAAUAUUUGGUUUUGUGAACCCCCCCCCCCCUUUUAGGCACCAGUAUCAGCUGCUUAACACUCAAUGCUUGGUGAUUAUUUAGUAAUUCGACUAUUGUGGGAUAAGGCUAUUUAAAGCAACAGCUUUGUAUUUAUUUAAAAAAUACUAGUAAUAUAUCGUGUCUUCUCUGGGUACAAAUGGAAAGGACAACCAAGCAUGCUCUUCCAUUUACAAACAAUUACAAAAAGGGAAGUUUUCCUCCAGAGUUAAAAUUUUAAAUGGAAAAUCUGAGUCCCUGUGGACUGUGGGACAUUUAGGACACCUUGGGCUGUGAUAGGGGUGGGGAUGACGCAUAGGAAUUUACAAGGAAAGGAAAAUAUUAGGGGGGAGGGGGUUGUAGCGGCCGGGACAGGCCACUUCGCUAGUUCAUUGUGUAGGCCACCUUUCUCAGCGAAGCGCGGAGCAGAGGAAGGGGCACACGUUUGGGAUCUGCGUGGCUUCCCAGCUUCCCUCCCCAGUAUAUACUAACAAUUGAGGGUCUCAGCCUCUAAGGAUAGGGAUAUGUUUUCAUGAUGUGUUUUUUUUUUUUUUUUUUUGGGGGGGGGAGUACUCGAACUUUUGGUGAGAAUGAAAGCCAAAAGUUAGAAAUAAAUGCCUGAGGUCGCCAGCCUUGCUGCCAGCGAAGUGGACUAAUGAGAAACACACUUCCAAGCAUAGUGUUCACACGUGAAUUUAAUUACCCCAUUUUAGGAGUCGCUACUUUCUGUUUGGAAUUGUGAUGGGUUUUCCUUUUACCUUUUCUUCCAAAAAAAAACAAUAGAGGCUGCGGCCUUUUCAUUUGCUUUCACCCCCCAAGACUCCAAAGGGUGAGAAAUAAUCUCCCCAAUUUGAUCAGGUCAAAGGAUGAGAUUAAAGUCAAUGCCCUGUGCCCGAUGCCCCGUUUUAAUUUCUAGUCCUGGACUUGAGCUGCGGCCGCCUUGCUUUGGGCCUUGUAACUCUGUAAAGUUACUCGGUUCCGUCGGUAACCGAGGUUGGGCACCGGGUGAUGGCCAGAAGGGAGAGAAGAAAGGAUCCCUGAAGGGCAUUCAUACUGGGUGCAGGACCUUUUAUUCCAGUGCGGGCUUCCCAGUCCCUGGAGCCUUGGAAUCUCUUAGGCGGGACUGCCUUUUAGCAAGCCGAACUCCCCUUCUAUUGAUGCUGUCUGGCGGUUUUUCACCAUCUUUCAGACCUCAGUUUAGGGCCUUGGCGAAUAGAGCAUAGGACCAGGUCGCUAGCGGCCUCCAGCCAGAUGAAGAGGUGCAGAAUGCGCUGGGCGAAGGAGUGUGCAGCAGGGUCCUGGGUCAGGGGCCUAGCGCUGCACAACCAGACUACUCUCAAAAGCUUCACCUUGUGGCAGUUGGCCGCUCCCUCACUGCCAGCUCCUGGAUGAAACAAGUACGAACUUGGGGGGCUGUCCGGGUGCUAGACUUUCUUUUACCGCAGGCUGGGAUGUGGGUGGCAGACCAGAUGGUUCCCCCCUAGACAGUCAGUCCCUGCUGGGCGAGCUCUGGCAGGGGCCAGUGUCUACUCUACUUGGGACCCAUACUGCGUUGGAUUUGACUUUUCGCGUCCGGCCAGGGGAAGACUCCCGAGGACCGCAGGGAUUAUUUACAGGGAGCUCGCCAACCAAACACAACAGUCUAAUUUAACCUUUCCAAGUCCUCGUAAAUUUUUACAGCUGGGAGCCACGGCGAGGCAAACGAAUCUGUUGGUCGUUCCCGAGUUCCCAACCAGUCUGUGUGGCUUCUGAAACAAUAACUCCUUAUGAAAUAUCAUAAAUAUAGAUUUAAAUACAGUAGAGCGAGAAUGCGAUUUGGCUGCUUUUUUAUGGCUUCAAUUAUUGUCUAAUUUUAUGUGAGGGGUUCCUCUGGCCGUAGUCGCAUGCGGGACCCGCGCCUUCCUGAUGGCGUGAUUAAUUGUGAUAUAAAAUAGUCCGCUUAAGAAGUGUGUGUGUUGGGAGGGGGCAGGGGAGAGAACAGAGGCAAGGCCAGAUUUGAUCUUUUAAUCUUCGUUGGCCACAAUUAAAACAAACCCGAUCGUGGAGCGGCGUGAUCCCUUUGCAUAAAAACAUAUGGCUUUUGCUAUAAAAAUUAUGACUGCAAAACACCGAGCCAUUAAUAGCGUGCGGAGUGAUUUACGCGUUAUUGUUCUGCCGGGUGGACACGUGACGCGCGCGGCCAAUGGGGGCGCGGGCGCCGGCAACUUAUUAGGUGACUGUACUUCCCCCCUGGUGCCACCAAGUUGUUACAUGAAAUCUGCAGUUUCAUAAUUUCCGUGGGUCAGGCCCGGCCGACCAGGCGCGGGACACGGCAAUGGCCACCACCGGGGCUCUGGGCAACUACUAUGUGGACUCGUUCCUGUUGGGCACUGACGCGGCCGACGAGCUGAGUGCUGGCCGCUACGCGCCAGGGGCCCUGGGCCAGCCCCCACGGCAGGCGGCGGCACUGGCCGAGCACCCAGACUUCAGCCCGUGCAGCUUCCAGUCCAAGGCGGCGGUUUUCGGCGCCUCGUGGAACCCGGUGCACGCGGCGGGCGCCAACGCGGUGCCUGCUGCAGUGUAUCACCACCACCAUCACCACCACCCCUACGUGCACACCCAGGCGCCCGUGGCAGCGGCGGCGCCGGACGGCAGGUACAUGCGCUCCUGGCUGGAGCCCACGCCCGGUGCGCUCUCCUUCGCGGGCUUGCCCUCCAGUCGGCCUUAUGGCAUUAAACCUGAACCGCUGUCGGCCAGAAGGGGUGACUGUCCCACGCUUGACACUCACACUUUGUCCCUGACUGACUAUACUUGUGGUUCUCCUCCAGUUGAUAGAGAAAAACAAUCCAGCGAAGGCGCCUUCUCGGAAAACAAUGCUGAGAAUGAGAGCGGCGGAGACAAGCCCCCCAUCGAUCCCAAUAACCCGGCUGCCAACUGGCUUCACGCACGCUCCACGCGGAAGAAGCGCUGCCCUUAUACCAAACACCAGACGCUGGAACUGGAGAAAGAGUUUCUGUUCAACAUGUACCUCACCAGGGACCGCAGGUACGAGGUGGCCCGACUGCUGAACCUCACCGAGAGGCAGGUCAAGAUCUGGUUCCAGAACCGCAGAAUGAAAAUGAAGAAAAUCAACAAGGACAGAGCAAAAGACGAAUGAUGCCAUUUGGGUUAUUUAGAAAAGAGAUGCGCUAGAGAAAAAAAGACAGGACUGCUUGUCCCCUUGUCCCUGUUCUCCCCCAACCCCAGCCUCCACCACCCUGCACAAAGCGGCUCUAAAACCCCAGGCCUCAUCUCCCCCCUGGCAAACCCUGCUCAGGCUGGCUCCUAGGCCUGCAGCUUUGAUGGAGGAGGUAUUGUAAGCUUUCCAUUUUCUAUAAGACAAAGGGGGGGGGUGCAUUAGCGCUGAUGGCUGUGUGUGCUAGCUUGUAUAUAUUUAAAAAAAUCUACCUGUUCCUGACUUAAAACAAAAGGAAAAACUACCUUUUUAUAAUGCACAACUGUUGACGCGGGCUGUAUAGUUUUUAGUCUGUGUAGUUAAUUUAAUUUGCUCUUUGUGUGGCAGAUCGCUCUGCCUAGAUACUUGAACACUGUGUUUUAUUGUGGUAAUUAUGUUUUGUGACUCAAACUUCUGUGCUGGGUGAUGCACCCGUUGUGAUUGUGGAAGCUAGAAUUCAAUUUGAACUCAGGUUGUUUAUGAGGGGGAAAAACAAUUGCAUAGAGUAUAGCUCUGUAGUGGAAUACGUCUUCUGUAUAACUAGGCUGUUAACCUAUGAUUGUAAACUAGCUGUAAGGAUUUCCCAGUGAAAUAAAAAUUUUAAAAUGGGGGGAGGUUCUUCAGGAUGCAUAGAUUGAUGGUUUCUCUACUUAAGAAAUGCAGGCAUUUUAGUCUCUACAUAUGCUUUAUAGUCUUAUCUUGUUCAUGUACAUAUAAUCUAUAUAUUAAAGAAAAAGUUCAUAAUCAGACAAGCUUGAAUAUUGUUUUUGCACCAGAGGAACAGUGAGGAAAUUCGGAGCUAUACAUAUGUGCAGAAGGUUACUACCUAUGGUUUAUGCUUCAUUUUAAUUGGGGGAAAAUGCUUAUUGUAAUGGAAUUAAUUUUAUUGAUAAUAAAUUAUACACCACAAAACCGCCAUUGGGCUACUGAACAUUUGUAUUCUUGAAUAAUUUGGGUUUUCCAUCGGGCUGAACAUACACUGUAUAUUUUGCAAUAGUUACCUCAAGGCCUACUGACCAAAUUAUUGUGUUGAGAUAUUUAACUUUUUGCCAAAUAAAAUAUAUCAAUUCUUUUCUA